AUGCUGGGAUGCUUUCCCCUUAAAAUUAUGAACCGUUUCACACGAUGGCCAGAAGCUAUUCCAAUGCCAGACAAACAGGCAAAGACGGUUUGGCACACCAGCAGCUAUCACAACCAACAUAGGCAAGCAGUUCGAAUCCGAUAUUUUCGCCCAACUAUCCAAAUUAUUAGGAACGAAAAUGAUUUACACGUGCGCCUACCAAAAACAAACGAACGGUUUGGUAGAGCGCUUUCAUCGGCAGUCUAUAGCCUGUCUAAGAUGCCAGAGAAACUCGGACAAGUGAGCAAAAGAUUUUCCUUUAGUCCUGUUAAGCUUGAGGACCACGGUCAAGGCAGAAACCAAUUGCAACCCAGCAGAAAUGGUUUAGAGAUAUCAGCUACGAUUGCCCAAUGA